AUGUGGACAACGUGGCCGCGGACGAGGCGCAAGUGGAGUGGCUCGUCGCGUGGCAGACAUGGAGCCCGUGGAAGCCGCGACGGUUUUCGUUUCAUCUACUCGGUGGUAUUGGCGGCGUGUAUGGCCGCGCAGGAGGCAAGGAGCGCCAAAUGCCCGCCCCCGGACACGAUACCGGGCUGUCCCUGCUACAAUUUCGAGGACGGUCUGUUUCUGGAAUGCGCCGGGGCGACCGAGGAAUCCCUGAGGAGCGCUCUGUCCGGCGUAAUACACGCCGCCGAGGGAGAAGGUGCGAUAGUUCAGUCGCUUAGCGUUUACGAAUUGGAUAGAAAGGUAGAGGAGCUUCGAUCGGUUGCGUUCCCAGCCGGCUCGCAGAUCAGACAUCUACAGAUAUCGCAUUCGGCGAUUCGCGAGAUAAACGAGGACGCGUUCAAACGGUUAAGCAAGAGCCUGGAAUCUCUGGCACUGGUUUCAGGCCGACUAUCACACGUGCCGCAAAAAGCUAUGGCUACCCUGAGCUCGCUGAAAGCGCUGGACCUUGAGGCGAAUCUCGUGCACGAACUUCCUAGCUAUAGCUUUUAUGGACUGUCCUUGAUCAAGCUGAACCUGAAGGGCAAUCAGAUAGUAAAAAUAUCGGAAUACGCGUUCGCUGGAUUAGAGGGGACCCUGACGGAUUUGUAUUUGGCCGAAAACAAAAUUAGGGUAUUCCCGAUGACAUCGUUAAGAAGACUGGAACACCUGACGUCCCUUAGGCUCGCCUGGAACGAGGUGUCCGAGCUCCCGGAGGACGGUUACUCCAGGCUGGACGCUCUGAAUUUUCUCGAUCUAAGCAGCAACAACUUCAAAAGGAUCCCGUUGAAUUGCUUCCGUUGUUGUCCGUCCCUGAAGAUUUUGUCUUUGUACUACAACGCCGUCGAGUUCGUCGACAAAGACGCGUUCAUAUCGCUGAUCGAUUUGGAAUCCAUUGAUCUCAGCCACAAUAAAAUCGUCUCCCUCGAUGUCGCCACGUUCAGAGCGAACCAGAGGCUGAGAUCGAUCGAUCUCAGUCAUAAUCAUAUUCACUAUAUACGCGGUGUAUUCUCGAAGCUACCCGAGCUAAAGGAGUUAUUUCUGGCCGAGAACAACAUACUGGAAAUAGCAGCAGAGACGUUCGCUGGUAGCACAAGCUUAUCGGUGGUGUAUCUUCAACAGAAUGCAAUCAGAAGGAUCGACGCUCGCGGGCUGGUCACUCUGAACCAGUUGGCACAGUUGCAUCUAAGCGGUAACUACAUCGAGAAAGUGCCGCGAGACUUUCUCGAGCACUGCGAGAAUCUUUCUACCUUGUCCUUGGACGGGAACAAUAUCCGUGAGCUUGAGGUCGGUACUUUCGCGAAAGCGAAAUGGUUAAGGGAGCUUCGCCUCCAGGACAAUCAGAUUACCGAGGUGAAACGGGGCGUGUUCGCGCCUUUGCCCGCGCUUUUGGAGCUACAUCUACAGAAUAACGCGAUAACGGACAUGGAGACCGGGGCUUUGAGAUCCCUGCACAGCCUGCAGCACGUGAACCUUCAAGGUAAUCUACUGGCGGUGCUGGGCGACGUGUUUCAAGUGUCGAACGACGUCGGCCAGAACGGUAACAGCGGCAGCUCGUUGGUCUCCAUUCAGCUGGACAACAACGGACUGGGCGUGUUGCACAAUGACUCUUUAAGGGGCCAGGCGUCGGUCAGAAUCAUGUGGCUUGGACACAACAGAUUAACCCGCCUCCAGGCGCCUUUGUUCCGGGACCUGUUGCUGGUCGAACGAUUAUAUCUGACAAACAACUCGAUCUCGCGGAUCGAGGACACCGCCUUUCAGCCGAUGCAGGCUCUCAAGUUCCUCGAACUCAGCAUGAAUCGACUCAGCCACGUGACAGUGAGAACUUUCUCGGAGUUGCACGAGCUCGAGGAACUUUACCUCCAAGACAAUGGGCUCCGUCGUUUGGAUCCGUACGCUUUGACCGCUCUCAAGCGGCUUCGCGUACUCGAUCUGGCUAACAACCAUCUGAACGUGCUGCACGAUAAGAUCUUCCAGGAGGGUUUGCCGAUUCGAUCGUUGAACUUGAAGAACUGCACCGUUAGCGUGAUCGAGAACGGUGCAUUCCGGGGUCUCAGUAAUCUUUACGAAUUGAAUCUCGAGCAUAAUCAUCUCACUGCCAUCGCGUUAGAUCGUCUAGAUAUUCCGGGAUUAAGAGUUUUAAGGAUAUCGUAUAAUAAUUUUAGCCAAAUCAACGGCAACUCCUUGGACGGGUUGCCGUCUCUUUUACAUCUAGCCAUGGACUCGUCCCAGCUGCACAGAAUGCCACCAGAGAUAUUCUCCAAGAAUAAGAACCUUGCGAAACUGUUGCUCAGCAACAAUCUCCUGCGAAUUCUGCCAAGCCUGCUGUUCUUCGGUCUGGACACCCUGAAAGAAGUGAAACUAGACGGCAAUAGAUUCCAGGAGAUCCCGUACGAUGUGUUCGGCAACGCCACUACGGUCGAGUUCCUGUCAUUUGCUAACAAUGUAAUCCUUAACGUGGACAUGUCGCGACUAAACGGAUUGGCCAGUCUGCGGGAACUCGAUUUGCGCGGUAAUUACAUCAUGACCCUAUCUGGGUUCGCCGGCGUGAACCUGUCCCGUCUGAUAUCCGUGGACCUCAGUCAUAAUCAUUUGACCGCUUUGCCGGCAAACUUCUUCGCUCGUUCGAACUCUUUGAGAAAGAUCGAACUGGCCGCCAACAAAUUCCACCAGAUACCGGCGGUCGCUUUGUCCGCCCAGAACAUUCCGAGCUUGGCUUGGCUGAAUGUCACCGCGAAUCCACUGGUCAGGAUACACGAGAUCAGCUCCGAGGCUAAGUAUCCGGCUCUCGAGGAGAUCCACAUAUCGGGAACGAAUCUGACCAUCGUCACCAGCCAGGACUUCGAAGCGUUUCCCGCGCUGAUGCAUCUGUUCAUGGGCAACAACAUGAUCUCCAGAGUGUCACCCAGCGCGUUCCGUAGUCUACUCGAGCUGUUGACGCUAGAUCUAAGCAUGAACGAACUCGAGCUGCUGCCGCAAGAGAGAUUAAAGGGGCUCGAACAUCUCAGGCUUCUUAAUAUCACGCACAAUCGGUUGAAAGAGCUCGAGGACUUCCCACCCGACCUGAAGGCUCUACAAGUGCUGGAUCUGUCGUAUAAUCAGAUUAGCGGGGUCGGCAAAAGCACGUUCCAGCACCUCGAGAAUCUCGCUGAACUUCACCUGUACGGGAACUGGAUAUCCUCGAUUUCCCCGGACGCGUUCAAGCCACUGAAGAAAUUGCGAAUCCUGGAACUUUAAGAUUCUUUAUUCAUUCCAAACAUUUUGUUUGUUUUGUCCAUUCGAAAAAUAAUAAAUCCACUGCACUGCGACUGCGAGUCUCAGGAGCUGUGGGAGUGGCUGCGCGAUCACCAGAAAUUAGUUGGCGGUGGUGUGGGUCGGAAUCGAGGGGGUGGCGGUGGGUUGCGAGUGAACGACAUGGACAGCGGAUUACUGAGGUGCGAACAGCCGCCGGAAUUACGGGGACUGGUAUUCCUGGACCUGGAUCCGCACGCGUUCUGCUCCGCGCCCCUCAUCCUCAAGCUGGCGAUCCAGGACAUACAACCGUUUUCCGUAUUGGUGUCCUGGCAGAGCAGGAAUCACUCGGGUAUUAGAGGUUAUCAGGUAGCCUACCACGCUAUGGAGAAUAUUGACGAGAUUAAAGCAAGGAUCCUCGAGCCAAGCUCUCGUUCCACGAAACUAUCCAAGCUGUCCCCAAACACGCGCUACCUAAUCUGCGUGCUCGGCCUAGGGAACUGGAUGUCCCAGCACCUCGAGGAGGACACGGUGGAUCAGUUUAAUUUCUCCAACUACGAAACAUUCGAAUCAACUUCGGACGUUCAAAUGGCCGACACCUCGACCAGCCGUUGCACCGAGGUUAAAACCUUGGAGACGCCGGACGCAGUGAUCAGCAGCGACGGCGCAUCGAUAGGUGACGUUGGUAGCGUCAGCAGCUUCCUGACCAGACGUUUGGGCCUUAUAGUCGGCUGCUGUAUGGGUUUAGUGGUAUUUCUGUUGCUGGUGUCCGUCCUAGGAUACCUAAAAGUGAAGAAACAACGGGAGACUGUGAAACGGGAGCAACCGAUACCCCCAGAGUACAUUUCCUACAGACACUUCAGCAUACAAAGCGGCGAAGCUGGGAGGCAAGCCAGCCAAGAGGGUCACAACUCGAACUACGUGAACAGCAUGGGCAACACCAAUCUGAACGUAUGA